GAUACCUCGCCGUGGAGAUCGACGUGCAACCGAAAGAAAUCCUCGCACUUCCACAUCAGAAUGUGUCGUUUAUGUGUCGUGUGGCCGAUCACCUCCAGUACUGCAGGAUGGAGGUGCCCGGUCUCAAUGUACUCAACUUGAAUCCGAACCAGACGCCCUACAGGGGGGCGGUCUACUAUGGCAGCGGCCUGCACUUGGGGCAGUGCGGUCUGAGUCUCGAGAGCGUAAACGAGGAGAACAACGGCGAGAUCAAGUGCACGCUCGGCUUACUCACCGAAUCGCAGGAGUCCUCGGCAACGAUGCGCCUAAUAGUCGCAAGGGAGCCCCGACCGCCUCAGCUUGAGAUACAAAAUUCGGAUCGUUACUGGGCGUAUAAGGUCGGAGACGUCAUUCACGCGACGUGCAUAGUCCGUGACGGGCGACCGGCCGCCAACAUCUCCUGGUACUUAGAUGACGAGCUGAUACCGAACGGUUUUCUCUCGCCGCCGACGAUUAUACACGGCAACCGGGGCGAUCUGCAGACCGUUUUCCAGAAUCUGACGAAGGAGGUGCGCCCGUCGGACAAUGGAAAGGCGCUAAAGUGCGUCGCGCAUCAUCCUGCACUGACCAGCAAUAACGUUGUGUAUCGACAAUUGAAUGUGACGUACGCGCCCAUUCCGCAGCUAAAUCCAAUCGACAAGUUCGGCUACAGUCUCGGCAAAGAAGGCAUCAUCUCACUGGUGAUCGAGGCGAACCCCCGGCCGCACCUCGAGUGGACGAUACGCGACCAAACGAUCAAGGCGGGCGGUCACGACAGCACCGGCCGCAUAAUGGCCGAGGAAAUACGCGACCUGGGACGGGGCCUGUACGAGGCGGUCCUGAUCAUCGCCGACAUUCAAAAGCACGACACCGAAACGCAGUACAUACUCAAGGUCUACAACGACAUGGGAAGUCAGGAUUACGUCAUCUUAAUUUCGACCAGUCCCGAGCCGGAAGGGUUUAAAAAGUUUUUUAGGGAAAGUAUUAAUUAUUUGGAGAUGGGAGUGCUGUCGAUUAUCGGCAUCGUGGUCGCCGUGCUGCUGCUGCUGGUCAUCGUCUUCCUGGUGAUCUUCGCGCGGGUGACGGGACGCUGGUGCUUCUCAGGAGGCGAACGUGUGAUUGACUACUCGAGUGGCGCCGGAUGCGAGACUAACGACGCUGGAAACGAGGGGCUCGGCGGCGGUGAUGGUGUCGACAAUCCGCACCAUCAGACGUCGCAGGAGUACAUUAACGGGAAUAACAUUGUGAUUAAAGACGCCGAAAAAAAGAUAGACACUGCGGUUUGAGAGACCUAAAGUUAACGUUUAGAUCUAUAUAGUGAAUGUUUUCAAAUUCUCUCUGUGUGAAUGAUGACAAAAUAAGGCUGACCAAGUGACGCAUCAGACAGUUCUCGUUCCUAUCGUUAGAUUAGCGAUGUCCGUUGCAUGUUAGUGUGUUACCGAUCUUGCCGACAGCGCAGCUCCAAAAUUGCCAUAGUUUAUAUAUGGCCGAUCGUAAAAUCGUUUUAGUUUAAGGUUGCAGGUUAAGUACUUAAAAUACUCGACAUUCCAGUCCCGUUCGGUGAUAAAUUAUAUUUCCGUUUUAUUUUUUUAAUUCGCUCGUCGUUCGUUGUAGAUUUAGUUAAAUUAAUACUCUCGGCAGCGCCCUCUAAGUUAUUAUAAUUCGAACUUCUUUUAUGAAAUUAGGCUUUGCAAAAAACGACGUCGGUCGCUGUUAUAUUAUAAAAGUUGUUUUAUAAAUAAAGAAGUUUAUUAA